AUUUGUCAUUCAAUUGUCAUGAUUGUCAUUAAACGUGAGUUGUGCUCAGUCUUCAGAUAUUAUUUAAACAAAAUCGAAGAAAACAUUUGGUUAAUACUAUUAUUGUGUCUCAGGAGAGUCCAUAUUAAAUUCGUGUGACUUUAAAAAUAUAUUGAUCAUGUCACUAGACACCGUGCCAAAAGAUCUGAGAGGUUUGCGAGCAUGCUUAGUUUGCUCACUAAUAAAAACUUUCGAUCAGUUCGAAUAUGAUGGAUGUGAUAAUUGCGAUGAAUUCUUACGCAUGAAAAACAAUAAAGACAAUGUUUACGACUGCACUAGCAACAAUUUUGAUGGAAUGAUUGCAGUAAUGAGCCCAGAAGACAGUUGGGUAUGCAAAUGGCAACGCAUAAGUAGGUUUACAAAAGGCGUAUAUGCAAUAUCAGUGUCAGGCAGAUUACCAGCUGGAGUUAUACGUGAAAUGAAGAAGCCCGUGGAUAUGUGUAUAUAGAUCAAGGGACACCAGCCAAAAAUAAAUAUUUUAUCAUAACUAACUAUAAAUAAAAAUCUGACUGUUAUUUUAUAAAGUAUAUAUUAAUU